AUGCGCCUUAUCCUUACAAUGAUGGCGCCCUGCCGGGCAACACGGGAGCUCCUUCGAAUUCCCACGAUAGGGGGAAAUCUCCUGAAAUCCACCACAAAUCUCCUGAAACUGGAUGCACUAAAGAAAUCCAGCAGGAAGAUUAUCAGUAGAAAGAAACCAGAGGAAUCCCACCCUUUGGAGAAACCAUGGAAGUGUGGCAACCGUGGAAAAGGCUUUCAUGUCCCAUCUGCCCUGGAGUCUCAUCGGCACAGCCACACCGGGGAGAGGCCAUUCUCCUGCCCCGUCUGUGGGAAAGUCUUCAGCAAUUCCUCCCUGCUAAGGCACCAGUGGAUCCACACUGGGAAGAGGCUCUUCAAAUGCCCCGAGUGCAGUGACACCUUCAGCGAUUCCUCCAACCUGCUGAAGCACCAGCAGGUCCACAUGGGGGUGAGGCCAUUCUUAUGUCCUGUCUGUGGGAAUGCCUUCAGCAAUUCCUCUGUCCUGCUGAAGCACCAACAGGUCCACACUGGGGGUAGGCCAUUCAUGUGCCCCGAGUGUGGGAAUACGUUCAGCAAUUCUUCCACCCUGCUGAAGCACCAGUGGGUCCACACUGGGAAGAGGCCAAUCACCUGCUCUCAGUGCGGGAAGGGCUUCACCUGUUCCUCCCACCCAUAG